AGCUCUCUCCUUCCAAUGACUCACACGCUCCCCCUCCCCCUUCUUGUCAUACGUUUCUCCCACCUCCUUCUCUUCCGUCUCUUCCUCAUACAUCCCUGUGCGCUCCUUCUUUCCACUAGGCUUCAAACAAACUGCAGGAUGUCCAUAGUUAAUAUUUUUGCUCGAGAGAUCCUUGACUCCAGGGGAAACCCGACCGUGGAAGUAGAUCUCCACACAGAAAAAGGUCUGUUCAGGGCAGCUGUGCCCAGCGGUGCCUCAACCGGCAUCUAUGAGGCUCUGGAGCUCCGAGAUGGAGACAAAACUCGCUACAAAGGCAAAGGUGUGACCAAGGCUGUUUCUCACAUUAAUGACAGCCUUGGCCCUGCCCUCACCCAGUCUGGAAUCAGUGUGCUGGAGCAGGAAAAACUAGACAACCUGAUGAUUGAAAUGGAUGGCACUGACAAUAAAUCCAAAUUUGGAGCCAACUCUAUUCUGGGAGUAUCUCUUGCCAUAUGCAAAGCUGGUGCAGCAGAGAAAGGGGUGCCCCUUUAUCGCCACAUCGCCGAUCUGGCUGGAAACGGAGAGCUGGUCCUCCCAGUUCCGGCUUUUAAUGUGAUCAACGGAGGGUCUCAUGCUGGUAACAGACUGGCAAUGCAGGAGUUCAUGGUGCUCCCGGUGGGUGCAGAGUCCUUCCGGGAUGCCCUGCGUGUGGGGGCAGAGCUCUACCAGACCCUAAGAAAUGUCAUCAAGGAAAAGUACGGUCAGGAUGCUACAAAUGUGGGGGAUGAAGGAGGGUUUGCACCUAAUAUACAGGAAAACAGUGAAGCCCUGGAGCUGAUAAAGACUGCCAUAGAGAAAGCAGGCUUCACUGACAAAGUGGUGAUUGGGAUGGACGUCGCCGCCUCAGAGUUUUUUAGUGAGGGCAAGUAUGACCUGGACUUCAAGUCCCCACCCAAUGCUGCACGCAACAUCAGCGCAGACGAGCUGGCCGGUAUCUACCAGGGCUUCAUUAACAACUACCCAGUGGUGUCUAUUGAAGAUCCCUUUGACCAGGAUGACUGGCCUGCUUGGUCACAGUUUACAGCUUCAGUGGGCAUCCAGGUGGUUGGAGAUGACUUGACGGUCACUAACCCUCGCAGAAUACAACGCGCCGUGGAGGAAAAGGCCUGCAACUGUCUGCUCCUCAAAGUCAACCAGAUUGGAACCGUCACUGAGGCCAUCAAAGCGUGUAAGCUGGCCCAAGAGAACGGCUGGGGCGUGAUGGUGAGCCACCGCUCGGGAGAAACAGAGGACACUUUUAUAGCUGACCUGGUGGUCGGCCUUUGCACUGGACAGAUCAAGACUGGAGCUCCAUGUCGAUCUGAACGUCUUGCCAAAUACAAUCAGCUUAUGAGGAUUGAGGAAGAGCUGGGUGACCAGGCCCGUUAUGCCGGACACAACUUUCGCAACCCUAGUGCCCUUUGAGCGCCAGCGUCCCAUGCAGGGGUGCAGAGGAGAGCGCACAUGCAAUGAAGCUUUCACUUAGCAUGGUUUGUGAUCACUCACCAGUCUUGGAAAAUCUAAAAACACCUUAAGUGUGACCUACAAUAAUAAAAACACAGUGUGCAGAUACCGUAGCAAUAUUAUAUUGAUCAAGUGAAAUCACACUUCUCCCUCCUCUGAGCCUUUAGUCUGUUUUCAGAUUGUUGUGGAAGUGUUUGAAAUGUUUUUGCUGUUGUUUUGCCUUCCUGCUACUCUGCAGCCUGAUCCAAAAAUGUGUGUGUAUGUAUGUUCGAGUGUUUUGUCAGAUGUUAACUCAAUAAAAAGGAAUAUAUGCUGUUA